AUGCUCACCUUUAACCUAACCGUUCCACUCUCUGUUGACUUUUCGCGUCCUGAAGAUUAUUUGAUAUUUAUUUUUCAUAUUCUUUUCGCUACAGGUUCGGCUCUGCUGGCAGGUUCGGUGGUCAUCAGCAUCAUGAGCACCAGAGCCCUGCGCUCCCAAAACCGCUUCAUCUUCAUGUUAAACACCAGCAUCAGUGACACUUUAACCGGCUGCUCUGUCUUCUACCUCGGCCUGUUUGACGUCCAAGAGGGCUAUCCGUCACGGAACGGCACAUUUUACAUUUUACCAUCAUUGCUAGGAGUGAACGUGUUGACGUUUGUGUUUGCACAGUUUGAUAGAUACCUGGCUGUGUGUCACCCCUUCUUCUACAAGCUGUACAUUACGCGCGGGGUUGUGAUUGGCGUCUGCGCGCUCUGCUGGAUUUACACAUAUUCAAUUCUAUCCGUUCAAAGCGUCGUGCCAGUUGAGUUCGCCGCUAAGAUGAACGCUUUUGGGGUCAUAGUGCUGCAGGUGAUCGUGGCCGUCAAAGUUUUAAUGACCAUAAAACUGUACAUGAUCACGAGGCACCAGCUCAGCCGAGAAGCGCCCAGCUGCGACAAAGACAGCAAGAAAGAAUCGCUGCGAAUUAUCGUUGUUGUGGUCAUUUGUUUCCUAAUCCUGUGGGCUCCGUCUUUUGUGAACAUCUCAGUGAAGUAUGUGACUAAGAACGGGCUGAGGUUCAAAAAUGAAGCCACGAAUCUUUUCGCGAUCAUGGCCCGAUUUAACGCGCUCAGCACGCCUGCGCUGUACAUCCGGGGCAGUCCAGCGUUACGCGCGGCGGUCUGGAACUCCGUGUGGAGUAAAGUAUUCAGAAGAAGAGAAACAAGGUUUCUUUUGGGUCUCACCGUGCCCAAGGGACAAGGUGUUCUGUAG